AUGGUGUGAGUGCUUUGCGACGUGCAUCAUACAAGGACCAUUUCAACGCGAAGCUCAGCUCAGAUUGACUUGUCCCGGCUCCUCGGCUGCCAUGUGCUCCCCCACAUCCUCAUUCACACCUCGACGCAUCCGAUCGCCCCUUCUUGCCCCAACUUACAGGACGCAUCAAGAAUCAGGUUUGUUCGCGAUGGUUAAAAUUCCUCAUGCCGAGCGUGACUCCCACACGGUGCAACUGCGAGCCCUGAAGGAGCUGUGUCCCACGCGUGAGUUGGCCUACAAAAGUGCAUACACUCAGGCUCAUGCUGACGUCGUCCCACGAUCCUGACUCCUGGAUUUGAUCGUCUUUGUGCGACUCUCAGCGAUCGGAACCAAGGAGAUGAUCUGCUACAUCGAGUCGCCCCCACCUCUUCGAGCGCCCCUUACCUCGACGUCAUCCAUAAUUCUAACUUCAGAAUCGGAGAACAGCAAUGGCGGGGUUUCGUACAAGUGUCCUUUGACGGUCUUUUUCGGUCGGGAUGCGCGUAGCAUUUCGUCAACUUCGCCGCUCGAGGCGUACAUCGGGACGUUGACGAUUGAUGAACAUCCUGGUCAGUCCUAAUUCCGUCUGUAAGGCUCAUUCGACUACACAGCAUGACGCUGGCAUUUCGAUUGACAGGCUGGUGCAAAGUCUACGCCAUCGGCGCAGGGGUCGAACCGGCGCGAGAUCCCGAAGGUCGAAUCGUGCCUUGGUACCUCAACAGCGAGUUCGAGCUUCCCAGUCCAACGUUGGAGGGUACGAGCAACAAAAGAGUCACCUUGAGCGUUCAGAGGUGUGCACUCAAGGAAGGGACAGUGCUUGGGUGAGUGUACUGCCGGAUCUCCCACGCCCGCUGGUGCUGAAGACCGCGUACUUUUCAUGAGCAGAUCGGGUCAACUGCUGCCGUCGGAUGUCGAGGAUACUCAAGAGAUCUGGACAGUGUUCACUUUCUACUAUGCCACUCGUGAACAACUGGACAUCCUUGGGGUGCUGCCAGGUGAGCUCUCUCGACAAAGCGAGGUGAUAAGGCUUCCUCUGAACCGACUGCGGACUAUCCCCAGACGCUUUGAGUAGUCGCACUGGAUUGAGAGUCCACGAUAGUCAAUCCGCUUCCAUCGAAUUCCUCCGCAAUUCCAACAUGAGUCUCCUCUGGCUCCUCUCACCAGCGCAACUCUACUCGUUCAUCCGCAACAUGCUCGACAGCGCAAUGCUGGUCAACGUGCCCGAAGCCAGCUUCAACGAGCUCGUCAUCGCCCUGCGUCGAGUCGCUACCGAUACUCUGGCCCAACUCCAACGUGAAGAACAAGAACACAACCGCGCACACGCUCGUCGUCAUCGUGAUUCCUUUUCCAGCUGGACCAGUGCAUCAAGUGAUUUAGGCACGCCUAUGAGUAAGCGUUCCACGAACCAGGGCUGGAGCCCUGUCCAUCGACACUUCGACUCCCCUUACACGGGUGGUGAUCCCAUCAAGGCUUCCUACGUCCCCCCAACCCGCUCGACCGACAUCCCGCAAGUCUUACCUCAAGAUCCAGCCUCCAUCUUCUCAGUCCGCUCGAACGCCCAAGCCAAUGCCGAGUUCACACCCUCGAGACGAUCGGGUACAACUUACGCUACUUCGACGAUCGCGAUGCACGUCGAUUCACCGAAGAGUGCUUCGAAUGAAGAGGUUCGACCGCUUCUGCCGAGGGUCAAGUUUGUGCUCAGUGAUUCGGGCAGGGCGAAUCUCGUUACGACACCUGACUCGGGGAGCGAGAAGGGGCGAAAACCCUCGCCUGGGGUCGAGGGGCGGUCCGAUCCUAGGGUUGCUCAGGGGCAGGAGAAUGCUUGA